GGUCCCGUAUUAGCUACCUGAGGGAUGUAUCGACAUUUGUUGGUUUUCGCUUUCUUCGUGGUCGCCAGGGCCGAUGUGAAUCCAGACACGGGAUUCCCAGAGGGAAGAAUGAGCUUCAAGCCUCCUAAAAUGAGCGAAGAAGACGACCAUUCGGUAAUCAUGCCACCUCGCUACAGAUGCGAAGGUUGUCAGGCUGUUGCCUACCAGGUUGUGAGCGGUUUGCAGACGGUCAAGGACAAACAGAAGAAGCCGAAACGAUUGUCGGAGUCGGAGUAUCUGGAUGUGCUCGAGGGAAUCUGCAAUGCUAAGGAUAUGUGGGACGGCUACGGAAUCAAGGAAGUAAAAGGCGAGAACCACAUAUCAGGACCCGGCCUACCAGCUGAACAACAUGCCGGUAUGUUGCACGGCGGUGGCAAGUGGCCAGGAAGAAUUAUGAGCAUGUGCUUCGAAAUUAUGGGUGAGAUUGGCGAAGACGAGAUUUACAACUUCUUUGAAGAACAUGAACAUGCCGAAAUGAUGCCGUUUAUGUGUCAGCAGGAGACGUCGCACUGUGGAAAGGAUCUUCGAGACGAACUGUAGCUU